CGACAUUUAGGGAAGGCAGAAAGUAGGUCAGGGACGGAGGUGCCUGUUUACCCGCGCCGGACUCACCGCCGCCGCCGCCGCGGGAUCCAAGUGGGGGCGCGGGCGCGGGCGCUCCCGGCGAGCCACGGUGGUGCUGGCUAGAGUGCAUACUUUUGGACCCAAGCUUAACUUUUCAAAUGUGGAAUCCCAGGCCUUCAUUGGUUUCUGAGAGAAGUUGACUGCCUGAAAGGAAACUGCAAAACAUGAAAAUCGCCCUGAGGUGACCAAGUCCAGUGGCUCCUUUCUCCCCCACGGUGGAUCGGAGGUUGAAGAACUCUAACUUCAGAUGAGGAAGCUCGGGCCCAGAGAGGAGUGAGCCCCAGUCACAUCCUGGGCAGCCCGGCCCUGACUGGGGGCAGCACACGGCCCUCUUCAACCUGGUUUGGAGCUGGAGUUCCUUGUAAGACUCCCAAUGGCGGACCAGAGGAUGGACAUUUCUUCAACAAUCAGUGAUUUCAUGUCCCCGGGCGCCACGGACCUCCUCUCCAGCUCCCUGGGCACCAGUGGCGUGGAUUGCACCCGCAAGCGGAAAGGCAGCUCCACCGACUACCAACUUGAUGACUUUUCUUUUGAGGAAAGCAUGGACACAGACAAAGAUGACCCCCAUGGAAGGUUAGAAUUUGCAGAGCACCAAGGAAGGAUAAAAAACGCCAGGGAAGCUCACAGUCAAAUUGAAAAGAGGCGUCGGGAUAAAAUGAACAGCUUUAUUGACGAAUUGGCUUCCUUGGUACCCACAUGCAACGCGAUGUCCAGGAAAUUAGAUAAACUUACUGUGCUAAGGAUGGCUGUUCAGCACAUGAAAACACUACGAGGUGCCACCAAUCCAUACACAGAAGCAAACUACAAACCAACUUUUCUGUCAGAUGAUGAAUUGAAACACCUCAUCCUCAGGGCAGCAGAUGGAUUUUUGUUUGUCGUAGGAUGUGAUCGAGGGAAGAUACUCUUUGUCUCAGAGUCUGUCUUCAAGAUCCUCAACUACAGCCAGAAUGAUCUGAUUGGCCAGAGUUUGUUUGACUACCUGCAUCCUAAAGACAUUGCCAAAGUCAAGGAGCAGCUCUCCUCCUCUGACACGGCCCCCCGGGAGCGCCUCAUUGAUGCGAAAACUGGACUCCCAGUUAAAACAGAUAUAACCCCUGGGCCAUCUCGGUUAUGUUCUGGAGCACGGCGUUCUUUCUUCUGUAGGAUGAAGUGUAACAGGCCUUCAGUAAAGGUUGAAGACAAGGAGUUCCCCUCCACCUGCUCAAAGAAAAAAGCAGAUCGAAAAAGCUUCUGCACAAUCCACAGCACUGGCUAUUUGAAAAGCUGGCCACCCACAAAGAUGGGGCUGGAUGAAGACAAUGAGCCGGACAAUGAGGGGUGUAAUCUCAGCUGCCUUGUCGCGAUAGGACGGCUGCAUUCUCAUGUGGUUCCACAACCGGUGAACGGGGAAAUCAGGGUGAAGUCUAUGGAAUAUGUUUCUCGGCAUGCCAUCGACGGGAAGUUUGUUUUUGUAGACCAGAGGGCAACAGCUAUUUUGGCAUAUUUACCACAAGAACUUCUAGGCACAUCAUGUUAUGAAUAUUUUCACCAAGAUGACAUAGGCCAUCUCGCAGAAUGUCACAGGCAAGUUUUACAGACGAGAGAAAAGAUUACAACAAACUGCUAUAAGUUUAAAAUCAAAGAUGGUUCUUUCAUCACACUGCGGAGUCGAUGGUUCAGUUUCAUGAACCCUUGGACCAAGGAAGUAGAAUACAUUGUCUCAACCAACACUGUUGUUUUAGCCAGCGUCCUGGAAGGCAGGGACCCAGGCUUCCCGCAGCUCACAGUGUCCCCCCACAGCAUGGACGGCAUGCUGCCCCCUGGAGAAGGUGGCCCAAAGAGGACCCACCCCACUGUCCCAGGGAUUCCAGGGGGAACCAGGGCUGGGGCAGGAAAAAUAGGUCGAAUGAUUGCUGAGGAAAUCAUGGAAAUCCACAGGAUAAGAGGGUCCUCUCCUUCCAGCUGUGGCUCCAGCCCACUGAACAUCACAAGUACACCUCCCCCUGAUGCCUCUUCCCCAGGAGGCAAGAAGAGUGGAGGGGAGGGGAAAAGACACACAGAGAGAGAAACAUCGAUUCGAGACACAUUGAUUGAUUGCCUCCACACGUGCCCCGGAGUUGAGCUUGCAACCCAGAUUUUAAAUGGAGGGACUCCAGACAUUCCUUCCAGUGGCCUACUACCAGGGCAGGCUCAGGAGCACCCAGGUUAUCCAUAUUCUGAUAGUUCUUCUAUUCUUGGGGAGAACGCUCAUAUAGGCAUAGACAUGAUAGACAACGAUCAAGGCUCAAGUAGUCCCAGUAACGAUGAAGCAGCAAUGGCUGUCAUAAUGAGCCUCUUGGAAGCAGAUGCUGGGCUGGGUGGCCCUGUUGACUUUAGCGACUUGCCAUGGCCGCUGUAAACACUACGUGUUGCUUUAGCAACAGCUACAGUAUCAAAGUGCAUUACUGGUGGAGCUUUACAGUCUGCGAAGCUUACUGGGUAAGGAGAGAACAGCUUUUAUGUACUGUCUUCAUAAAAGCCAUCUCAGAGCCAUUGAUACAAGUCAAUCUUACUAUGUGUAACUUCAGACACAAUGGAACUAAGCCUGCUCCAGUAUUUCCUCAUCAUUGAUUGGGCUAGCUGUGGAUAGCUUGCAUUAAUUGUAUAUUUUGGAUUCUGUUUGUGUUGAAUUUUUUAAUCAUUGUGCACAGAAGCAUCAUUGGUAGCUUUUAUAUGCAAAUGGUCAUUUCAGAUGUAUGGUGUUUUUACACUACAAAGAAGUCCCCCAUGUGGAUAUUUCUUAUACUAAUUGUAUCAUAAAGCUGUUUAUUCUUCCUUGUAAGAAUCCUUUACUAUAAAUAUGGGUUAAAGUAUAAUGUAUUAGACGUUAAAUAUUUUUAAUAAAUGUUUCCCUUGUUCUAUAAA